UAUCCUGAUCUGUGUCUGCGUGCCUGCUGACAAAUUCUGUCUUUCCUCUUUUUGGUUUUCUCUCGGUUUUAUGCUCCAUCCCACCACCAGCGCUGCCCCGACUCCAUUUCUCCAAAUCCUGCAUCACUGCGCUCAAGUGAACAAAGGUCAGCUCCUUUAACCUCAGAGCUGAAUUUAUCUAUGCUGAAUUAGAGAAUAAAACCCAGGAACCAGCAAAGCACACACACAGUGAAAGCCUUUUUCUUCCAUACACAGAAAUAUAUGCAAGCACACAAACAAAGGAGUCCAUAAUCUACAAUAUCAAUGGCACAGCUAUGGCCUAGAGGGUUUUGCACAGAAAGGAUUGAUGCUGAUUCUUGUAGAAAACAUUGCUCUGUGAGGUCCAAGGUCACAUCAGCUACAGCAGCAUCCCAGUGCCCUUCUGAGGACUCAGAGCCUGUUUUGUCUAAUUUAAAUGUGUUUUCACUGGUUUUCUACACAGCAAAGCACAGGGCAGAAAAAAAAAUACUUCUGAAUGCCUAAAUAAAACAGUACGUGUUACUCAUCUUUUGUAAUGUAUAUCCCAGCAUGGGCAAAGAUUUACUAUCCUAUACUGCUUGUGUGUAAGAAUGAACCAGAAUCCUGUAGUUCUUUCUUGUUUUAUCACUACACCCUGUCUGAGCUCUGUUCUGCCAAUCUCCUCCUCUGCCUGUAAAAAUUCUAAUAUUAGCUUCACCUUGGGUUUACAAAACACAAACCCUGCACUCAGCCUUAGAUCUUUUAAAGACUACGUCAGCACCAUAAAAAGCCAUGUUCCCAGCUCCUCUAUUUACCUUCUUUUCCUUUCCAUCUCUGGGGUAUCUAGUACAGAUUUACCCCAGCCCAUGUCUUGUGAUCCCGUAACUGUAUUGUGCGCCUUGUUUGGUUUCCCCCACUCUUUUCUUUCCUAUUUGGUCUCAUAACCCCCCCCAUCCCACACACACACCUCUCUUUCAGACCAUGCCAGGGUUUUAUCCCCUCAUCACUGAUCUCCCUUCAUCCCUCCAAUCCUCAUCUGUUCCUCAUGGGAGCGAUGGAGAGAGUGAGUGAUGGGGGAAUAUCACAGUGUGUGUUAUACUAAAGGUGAUUAAGUGGAAGAAAGUUUAGCAACAGACAGGCUGAACUUAUGAGAACAGCCAGAGGGAGACCGCUGGAGGAAGAGUGAUUAAAGAUCUACCAGAAACACCUUGAACAGAGUCUCCUAAUUGGACUAUCAACUUUCCUGACAUCUCUCCCUGGUGACAGUGCCUAACAACCAUCGUCAUGGGUGAAAUGGAGCAGUUGCGAAAGGAGGCGGACAGUCUCAAAGACCAGAUCACUGCAGCUCGCAAGGCAGUGCAAGACACCACACUGCAGGAGGUAGCAGCUAGUAUCGCCGCAGUGGGCCGUAUCCAGAUGAAGACCAGGAAAACGCUAAGGGGCCACCUGGCAAAAAUCUACGCUAUGCACUGGGCUGCUGACUCCAGGCUGUGUGUCAGUGCCUCACAAGAUGGAAAACUCAUAGUGUGGGAUACCAUCACAACCAACAAGGUGAACGCCAUCCCUCUCAAGUCAUCAUGGGUGAUGACUUGUGCCUAUGCACCUUCAGGAAACUUGGUAGCUUGCGGAGGUCUGGACAACAUGUGCUCCAUCUACAACCUCAAAGGCAAGGAUGGGAACGUCAAGGUCAUGCGUGAGCUGGUGGGACAUUCAGGUUACCUGUCUUGCUGUCGUUUCCUCAAUGACACUGAGAUCCUCACUAGCUCUGGAGACUGGACUUCCAUACUGUGGGACAUUGAAACAGGGAGCAAAAAGACCAUUUAUGCAGGACACCAGUCAGACUGCAUGUCCCUGGCUGUGUCUCCAGACUUCAAUUUUUUCAUCUCAGGGUCAUGUGACUACACUGCCAGGCUUUGGGACAUCAGGGAUGGCACCUGCAGACAGACUUUUGGAGGGCAUGAAAGUGACAUCAAUGCAAUUGGGUUCUUCCCCAGUGGUAAAGCAGUGAUAACAGGCUCCGAUGAUGCCACCUGUAAGCUGUAUGACCUGCGAGCUGACCAGGAGCUCAUCACCUACCAGGACUCGAGCAUCAUGUGUGGGGUGACUUCCCUGGCCCCCUCCCUGUCUGGACGCCUGAUACUGGCUGGCUACGAUGAUUUCAACGUCAACAUCUGGGACUCGCUCAAAGCUGAGAGAGUGGGAGUCCUAGCUGGUCACGACAACAGAGUGAGCUGUGUCGGAGUAUCUCCAGAUGGUAUGGCGUGUUGCACAGGAUCCUGGGACAGCUUCCUCAAGAUAUGGAAUUGAGGCUGUUCAUCACCAGUGAGAAGAAAGAGAGCAGUUAACAUCUGCACAGGAGAAAGUAAAUGAGAUUAAAAUUGGAGUUUGAGGGAGGGAUGAGGGAUACGGAGUUACAUGGGGUAAAAAGAGGGUUUUUUUAAAACUGUGCCAAGUUGUAUAUAAAAUUGUAGAGCAGUUGUAAUGUGAACAUUUCUUCUUUCGCUCUUGCCUUUCUUCUCACUGAAAGGGGGAAUUUAGGCAGAUCAUUCCUCUUAAUUGUGAAUUACAUUACAGUUCAAAUUGAGAACGUGUGCACAUGUAUUGCAGUAAUUCAAAGAUCACCCAGUGAGAACAGUUGCCAAAUAAAAAUAGCAGCACACUGGAUGAAUAGAACAGAACGUGUCAAGUUACAGCUGCAUAGGUUCACUCUAGCUCAACUAACAUGCUGUAAUAUCAACACAUAUAUUGUCCUACAAAUAAUAGUGUUUUGUUUCAGAUUGUUGUUUUAGUGUGCAUAGAUUUCCCUAGAUUCUUACAUUUACCUUCUUUUCAUUAUGUAAUUUUGAGUUAUAGUUUGCAGAUGUCUUUAGUGUUUGACUGGUUUUGUCACUCAUGCACAACAUUUAUCAGGAUAUGGGGCCUCAUCCUUCAGCAUUAUACCCCCCCAGUGUCUAGAGCUGAAAAAUGCUUGGGUUAAACUGUUGAAGUAACAGAUGAGACACUAAAAUGGUUUUGAUUCACUGAGCACUUGCAAAAAAAAAAAAAAAGCCAAUUUGUCUCAUGAGAGAACUCUUUAUACGCGUCAUUUCAGAUGACAACUACUAUUGUUUGCACAUGAGCAAUACAUCUGAAUUUGUAAAGCUACCUUUACCUCUGCAAGGUACCAAGUAAACUUGAAAAACAGGUUUUGAACAUACAGAAAAAAAAAUGGGCAAGCUCUGGCUCGAAUUUGGAUGUCAUCUUUUCUAACACUUGGAUACACACUGUGCAAUAUAACAGUACUUUCUUCAUCAAAACUGUCU